AUGACGAAGAGAGGUGAACUUGGUGUAGAAGAAGAAGAAGAAGAAGAAGAAAAGGAAGCCUGGUCUCUCUCACAUUCUCGUCUUCUAAACUCAUGGAGACAUGAUUACAAUCUCUUGCUUGGAGACUCUUCUUCGAGUUCGAGUAUGUCUUGUCUUCGAUCACCGUCUGAUUACUCGCUCUCAAGCUACUUUCCAAACUUCACUUCUCCACCGUUUGAUGCGAUGAUGGAGACGAAAUCAAAACAUGAUCAUGAUUUUUGUAUCUGUGAAAGUCUCCUCGGUGGUUUGAACAUCAGAGAAGAAGAACAAGAGUCACAAGAUAAGAACCAUUACAAACCUGUUCAUCAUCAAGGAACCUUCAAGUUCAACAAUCACUCUCUUCUAUCAAACUCUCUUCAGAGUCUUCGUGACUUCCAGUGA